AUGGCCCAUCCUCCUCAGCACAGCUACCAGCAAUACGCAAUGCGACCGGGCCCCGGUCAGGGCUAUCCUCAAGCUGGCGGAUAUCCUCCUCAGGGAGCAGCUCCUCAAGACCCCUCGAGAUAUUAUACUCCUGGCCCACAAGAGCAACCUCCUUAUCAAGCAUCGUCUCCUCCCCCUAACUUCCAGAAUCAACCUCAAGGUCAACCGGCACCUUUCUAUGUAGCAGGAGCUGAAGUGCCCGCUGGUUCGCAGCCCUACCCUCCCCGGACCGAGUCUCCUUCCAAUGGUAAACAGCCAGCCCCUAUCAAUACUUCAACACCAGGCCCCAACUUCAAUCCUUACAACCAAUCUCAGAGCAACAACCCUUACACGCAAGCGCCUACAGGAGGACGACCUGGUAGCACAUACGGAGCCCAAGAGUUGGCUACAUCUGUCUACGAUUCCCCUAUAGCGACCAACAACCCACACCAGCCGACCUCGGCUGCCACAUUUUCAAGCUCGGUGUAUUCUCCUGAAGAGCCCAACGAGAACGCCAGCGCAGCACCUCCUGGUCCUUAUGCAUCGCAUCAGCAGCAACCUCAACAAUACCAGAGCUACAACCCUUCUCAAGUCCCUCCCAUGCCCACAGGGUCAGCUCCCCCUCCUCCUCAGAGUGUCAUGACACCUCCCCCUCUGAACCCUGGGAAUGCCGGCGGAUAUGAUGCUCGUCAUGGUCUGCCCAGUCAAGGUGGUGCUGGUGGUCAGACUCAAUACAAGCCUUAUGUGCCACCCGGAGAUGGUCCUUCAGCACCUGCACCCGACAAUUACUAUCAAAGCGGGGGAGUCUACUAA